UUGAAACUUGUCCAAUACCUUCGGGUAGUUUGUGUCACUGCUGCUAGCCUUUGGUCACAUGCUAUGGUCAAGGGUCGCAAUAGAAUUUUUUUUUGUGUUCUAGGUUUUUUUUGUGUUCAUUCCUAAAUUCAGUUUUUUGAAAUCAUUUUACAAUCAUACAUAGUGUAAUUUUGUUGCAAAAUUGUUAGGGUUGAAAAUAGCUAAACUUACGGCUAAUAAUGAAUUUAUCGAUGCUAUUGGUAGUGAUCUUUUUGGUCAUAAGCUAUGAUUCACGGGCAGAAGGACAGAAAAGUGCCAUCACUGUGACCAACAAUUUUAUCAAUCGUACAUCAUUUCCGUGGAUCCAUGGUAUAUCCAACUUAUUUACGUUUUAUCAGGCAUAUCGACCAUGUCAAACUGAAUUUAAUACUACUGGAACCUGUUUGGCUAAAUCCGAUUGUCUAGCACGAAAUGGUAUGGCUGCUGGAGCUUGUGUUGCUGGAGUUACUGUUUGCUGCGAUCUAAAAUUUACAUGUGGUGGUCGUACUGAUAAGAAUGGAACCAUAUUUGUAAAUCAAAAGUAUCCAUUGGCCGACAAUAUGACCAAUACAUGUCAGAUAACAAUCGAAAAACAACCUAACGUUUGCCAAUUGCGUUUGGAUUUUGAUGAAUUCACUCUAGCACAACCGGAUGAGAACGGUCAAUGUACUACCGAUUCAUUCAUGAUUCGAACUUCAGUUGGAGAACGUUUGCCUAUACUAUGUGGCGAAAAUCCGGGACAACAUCUCUACAUCGAUGUUGGUAGUGGUUUUAUUAAUUCGAAUCCAGUCGUAUUGUCCGUUGUAACUAAUGGUGCUAUUGGUGGUGAUCUCGAACGUAGAUGGCGAAUUAAGAUUAAUAUGGUUCCAUGUGAUUCAUUGAAUAUGGCACCAUCUGGUUGUUUACAAUACUUUCGAUCGCCAUCCGGAACAGUUCAAAGUUUUAAUUAUGGCCCAUUGAUUCCAAAUAGAGCCCGAUACUUGUCCAAUCUUCGUUAUACUGCUUGCAUCCGAACUGAGGAGAAUUUCUGCGGCAUUAAAUGGCGCACUGAACAACCAAAUUCCUUCUCAUGGGGAUGGCCAAUUAACCAGUCAGAUCAAACGCGCAAAAAUGCUACAGUGUUAGCAUUUGCUGGUGGCCAUUGUAAUAGUGACGAUUACAUUGGCAUCGAUCAAGCGACUUAUGAGGAUAACAAUCCAUUAGCAUUGGAUGAGGAUCGCUUUUGCGGACUCGGACUGAUGCAUCAUGGUCAAGUAUUUUCUCGCUCAAAGCCAUUCCAAUUGAAGGUCCGCUCUAACAAUGAUCAUCGAUUAAAUGGAAAACAAUCUCAACAAGGUUUUGAUUUGCACUUUACCCAAUUGCCUUGCGUACUUUAAAAUAAACAUCCAUCAAUAAUUUAUAUAUUUUUUAUUCAAUAAA